AGGAUAUGUGAGUUGAAAUUUUGACUAGAUUAUCAUCGGAGAAUUGGAAACAUAUGUAUGCUUUGGUGCCAUGACUUGAAAACUCAAUUGCGGUGGUGCUAGGUAAUCAUGGAACACAUACGGCGGAAGGCGGCCUCAAUUGCGGUGUCUCUAGGUUGUUGUUUUCUUUUUUUUUAAUUUCUUUUCAAUUUUCUUAUUUUUAAUAAAGAAAAUAUGGUCUUAUUUUUAUAUAAAUUGUCACAAUAUGAACCAUUGGAUAUAAGUAAAUCUUAACUCUUUUGUGUACUUCAUCUUGACCCUUUAUGAAAAGGGCUCUAAUCCUAAAGCUCUAGCUCACUGAUCAUCCCGCCAAAAAGGUCUUUCGCCUAGGUCAAAGAACAAACGGCGUCGUAUUGUCACCCACCGCCAUCUCGUAACCCAUGACAGUCUCCGCUGCAUUCAAGUCUUCCAAACUCAUCUCCUGGAAAUCGACCGGUCGGCUUCAGCAGACCUUAGCGGGAUGCAUAGAGCGCGCGGGGAAGAGCUUGCACAGCGGCAAGGUCUCCACGGUGAAGUUGUGGCCGGAGCUCGCCGGAAAAGGGAGGUACUUUGACUUUCGGUCAACUCUGAUUCGAGCUUCGAUCGAGUUCGCUGAGGAUUCGCCUCUCUGCACCACUCUCUGUAAAGAUGGGCUGAAAAUCCCAACUGUUGAGCACUUGCUUUCGGCUCUGGAAGCUAUGGAGGUCGAUAAUUGCAGGAUUGAGAUUGAGAAUUCGGAUUCCCAAGAUGAUUGCAGUGUUGAGGUUCCUAUCUUUGAUGGAUCAGCAAGAGAGUGGGUGGAGGCGAUAGAACAAGUUGGGCUGCAAGUCGCAACAGAUCAUCAUGGUGACUGUUGUGAAAAGAUGAUAGCAUAUGUGAAUGAACCGGUGCAUGUGUGGAGGAAUGAUUCUUUUGUUGCUGCAUUCCCAUCAGAAGAAAUCCGUAUCACUUAUGGGAUUGACUUUCGACAGGUGCCAGCCAUUGCAAGCCAGUGGUUUUGUGUGACUUCAUUGGAUAAAUCUUUAUAUUCCAAGCAGAUAGCUUUGUCAAGAACCUUUUGCAUUUAUGAGGAGGUAGAGCGAAUGCGCAAUGCAGGACUCAUAAAAGGAGGUUCAUUAGAAAAUGCAAUUGUUUGUAGUGCUAGUAAAGGUUGGUUGAAUCCACCACUUCGUUUUCAAGAUGAACCUUGUCGUCAUAAGGUCUUGGAUCUUAUCGGUGAUGUUUCGCUUUUUGCAAGAUGCGGUAGCCAAGGGCUUCCCGUGGCACACUUAGUGGCUUACAAGGGUGGCCACACACUGCAUUCUGAUUUAGUUCGCCGCCUAUCAGGAAUGAUCUAAAAGGAAUCUCGUAUUACCUCUGCUACUCUUGAAGUUAUUGUAGAAAAGUAGUACAUCUUCCCCAUUCACAGCUUGUACAGGAGAAAUUGGCUUAAUAAAAAUGAAGUAAUGGUGGUAUGGCUUAAAGUUAUACUCUUGAAUCUUGAUCGAGCAAAACUUGCAGUGAUGAUAUACUGAAGUUGAUUUA